AUGGCCGACCAACCCACCUACACCCUCGAUCACAUCUUCGAGAACAACAAGAAAUGGGUUGACUUGAAGAGCAAGGCCGACCCGGCCUUCUUCGACAAGCUCGCCGCGGGGCAGAAGCCCAACUACCUGUACAUCGGUUGCAGCGACAGCCGUGUCCCCGCCAAUGAGAUCAUGGGCCUGGAGGCCGGCGAGGUCUUCGUCCACCGCAACAUCGCCAACCUCGUCCCCAACACCGACCUCAACGUGAUGUCCGUGAUCAACUAUGCCGUGCGCCACCUCCGCGUCAAGCACAUCAUCGUCUGCGGCCACUACAACUGCGGCGGUGUCAAGGCGGCCCUGACCUCCGCCGACCUGGGUUUGCUGAACCCAUGGCUCCGCAACAUCCGCGACGUCUACCGCUUGCACGAGGCCGAGCUCGACGCGAUUGAGGAUGAGUCCGAGAGAUAUAACCGUUUGAUUGAGUUGAACGUGGUGGAGUCUUGCCGCAACAUCAUUAAGACUGCUGCUGUUCAGCAGAGCUAUGAUAAUGAUGAGUUCCCCAUCGUCAGUGGAUUGACCUUUGAUCUCCGCGACGGCCUCCUCAGGGACCUGAACAUUGAUUUCGAGGGUAUGCUGAAGGAUGUGAAGAAGAUUUACAGCUUGUCUUCUGGUCCCAAGAAAUAA